AUGUCUCAAACAUUCAAGGCGAGCGACGUCGCUGCCCAUAACAAGUCUGAUUCAUUGUACAUUAUUGUCGACGAGGAUGUCUAUGAUCUCACCAAGUUCCAAGACGACCACCCAGGUGGCAAGAAGAUUCUACAAAGGGUUGCCGGCAAAGACGCCUCAAAGCAAUUCUGGAAAUACCACAACGAGGGCAUCCUAAAGAAGUACAAGUCACAACUCCAGGUCGGCUCGCUCGACACCAAGAAGAAGGUCGAAGAACCUGCAAAGCCCGAUCCCGCUGCCGCAGCACCCAAGGCUACGAAGGAGGCGCCGAAAGUAGUCCAGAACGCCAAUUUGGAAGACUCCGAAGCUCUAGAACCCUACGGCGACCUGAUCCCAUUUGCAGAUCCAAGCUGGUACCAGAGCUACCACUCUCCAUACUACAACGAAUCACAUGCUGCCCUUCGUGCCGAAGUCCGCGAAUGGGUCGAGAAGGACAUCGAGCCCUACGUUACAGAAUGGGACGAGAAGAAGGAGGUACCGCAAGAGAUCUUCCUCGAGUUCGGACGACGUGGCUAUCUCGCCGGCCUUUUGGGUGUGCACUAUCCUACGGAAUACACUAGCAACAGAGUCAAGUCUGUGCCGCCCGAGCAAUGGGACCUCUUCCACGAGAUGAUCGUCACAGAUGAGCUGUCGCGCACUGGCAGUGGUGGCUUUGUGUGGCACAUGAUCGGAGGCUACGGCAUCGGCGGUCCACCUCUCAUCAAGUUCGGCAAGAAGUCGCUGAAGGAUCGUAUCAUGCCUGGCAUUCUCUCCGGCGAGAAGAGGAUAUGUCUCGCCAUCACAGAGCCUGAUGCCGGCUCCGAUGUGGCCAACCUGACCUGCGAGGCCAAGCUCAGCGAGGACGGCAAGCACUAUAUCGUCAACGGCGAGAAGAAGUGGAUCACCAACGGCAUCUGGGCCGACUACUUCACCACAGCCGUCCGAACUUCGGAGAACGGCAUGAACGGUGUGACCCUGCUUCUCAUCGAGCGCAGCUUCGGCGGUGUGAGCACGAGGCGCAUGGACUGCCAGGGUGUCUGGUCCUCAGGUACCACCUACAUAACUUUCGAGGACGUCAAGGUCCCCGUAGAGAACGUGCUGGGCAAGGAGAACCAGGGCUUCAAGGUCAUCAUGACUAACUUCAACCACGAGCGCGUGGGCAUUAUCAUUCAGAGUCUGCGAUUCUCCCGUGUUCUCUACGAGGAGUCGGUAAAAUAUGCCAACAAGCGUCGCACCUUCGGCAAGAAGCUUAUCGAGCACCCCGUCAUUCGCAUGAAGUUGGCGCAUAUGGCCAGGCAGAUUGAGGCUUCCUACAACUGGAUGGAGAACCUCAUCUAUCAAUGUCAGAAGAUGGACGAUACCCAGGCCAUGCUGUUGUUGGGUGGCCCGAUCGCAGGCCUCAAGGCGCAGUCGACGCUUACUUUCGAGUUCUGCGCUCGUGAGGCAAGUCAGAUCUUCGGUGGCUUGUCGUACUCGAGGGGUGGGCAAGGUGCCAAGGUGGAAAGGUUGUACCGUGACGUGAGAGCAUAUGCUAUCCCUGGUGGUAGUGAGGAGAUCAUGCUUGAUCUAAGCAUGAGACAGAGUCUGAGAGUCGCCAAGAUGACGGGCAUGAAGCUGUAA